AUGAAUCGCAAUAAGGGAAGUCUUGUGGAUCUUCACCCGCUGAACUAUGGCGGUAUGAGUUUGUUUGGCAUCCCGGAGAUUAUUCGCAAUCAUUCGCACGCAAGGGCUGUGCUGGGUUUAACUGGUCAGCAGCCGAAUUGUAUGACCUCCUGCAGCAUUGCGGACGCUACAUGUAAUAAGACGGCCACCCGCGCAAAUGUAUUGUCCCCACACUGCACGCUAUCUGAUCUGCCACCAGCUGCUACAGACAACGUAAUAACCGAGUGUGGUGGAUUCCGCCUGGAAGAUGAUGCGGCGUACUCCAAUCCUUCAGAGAUGUCUCCCCGAUUUAGCUGUACUGUGACGGGUGAUGGCCAGGGAGGAUAGCAUGAAUCAUAAAUUUGAUCAUCUAUGCAUUUGCGUAACAAAGUUAUGUAUAAAUCU